AUGGGGACCCUCCCUCUUCGCCCUCCGCAGCGGCGGAAAGUCGCCCCCCCCAGUUACCCAGCCGCGAGCGCCCCGGGAGAGAGGAGGCGCCCCUCCACUUCCCCUCCCCCUCGCCGAACCCCGGAGCCCGCACCUGCCGCGCGGAGCCAGUCGGGUCCCCGUGCGGGCGGCAGCGUGCACACGCCGCAUCAACCGCGGCGGGGAGGACGAGGAGGCAUUGCCCCUGCUGCGGCGUGUCGGCCCGCGGCCUCCCCCGCCCCCACCGGGCAGGAGCGCUCCCCGCGGCCCCCUUCCGGCUGCGGAGGACAAUUCUCCGGAGACUCCGCGCGGCCCAGCGCAGCCGACCUCUCACAGCUCGCGUUCGCCGCGCAGCUCAGUAACAUCCACCUCUGGGACUUUUCUCCUGCAGCCCCCUUCCACGAACUGGGGAGAGGGAGGGGAAUCCCUUCAGGAGGGCUCUCGAGUCUCUCAGAAAAGCGAGCCGGGGAACGGCAGCGAGAACAGUCCGUGACGGGCCCACCGACUGGCACGCUGUGCUCUGCACUCGGACGCGCAGCGCGCUCAGCCGCCCGGGCGGAGAGUGGAGCGGGGUGGGCUGGCCGCCAGCUCGCCCGCCGCCCGCAGCCCGCUGCCAUGUGCUGGCUGUUGCUGCUCCCAGUGAUUGACAGGCCGGCGCACAGUCGGCGUGUCAGCAGCGAACCAAAGUAACAUGCAGUCUUGCACGUUUUGCCGAAGUGCUUUUGCCCCUUGGAAUGCCUAGGAGUUCAAACAACGUUAAAGCAACGCCUCUGCGCAUUGGAAAUCAAUACACAGAGACGGGAAAUUCAGGUUUUAAACAAUUGCUUCGCUCGGGACUCGGUGGCCAACAAUGCCUCAACAAACAUGUAUUUGGUCCACACGCCGAGUGCCAGCCCCUCUUCGGCAAAAACCACCCUGUUUUUCACACAACCGACCGUUUCAGACUUUAAACUUGUUACCGUUCGGAUAAGGAAAAAAAAAAAUGAAAGGGACCCUGCUUUUUCUCUUAGCAGUAGCAUUUACUUUAAGAGCAUUAGCUUUAGCAGUGGGAAUGCUACUGGUAAUUUGAAAUGCAACCAGUAAUCUUAGAUCUAAAGCGAGUUCAAAGAAAUAUUCAGUUCCUUGCAAAAGCCAGCAUUUCUCACCUAGUCUUUUCUAAAAUAUCUACGGAAUGAAAGGAAGGAAACAGUUCUUACCUAACG